CGUAGCGCGGAUAUCUGGUGGGAGACGCCGUUACAUUCCUGCUUGGUUCUGUUGUCUUCUUACUGUCGGCCACCAACCUUUUCAUUUUCCAUUUCCCUCAUUCUAUAAUCUUUAUCAAACCAUGUACCACUCACAGGGUGUUGUGUUUUAAUCUUGACAAAGAAUGACUCCGAGUGGUGGGUUGGCAGUUCAUCAACAGCUUCACUCAUUGUGCAAGCCUAAAUGGUGAAGAAACAAGACGGGGAUAAUAAACUGAGUCGGAAAACACAUAUUCCACACAACCAGGAGGUUGCCACUCCUCCCUGACCUAUGGUAGAAUAACUAGAAUAACAUAUAAGGCAUCUGAAGUAUUAUACCUAGCAGAUUAUUAGGGUGCAUUUGCAUUAAAAUGGACGGUCUGACUAAAAGGAAUCAUUCGGAAGAGACCGAACUCCAUCCAGAGGAAGAAGAAGUAGACCCACGGAUACAGGGAGAACUGGAAAAGCUUAAUCAGUCUACAGAUGCCAUCAAUCGAAGAGAGACAGAGCUAGAGGAUGCACGCCAGAAAUUUCGCACUGUUCUAGCAGAGGCUACAUUGAAGUUGGAUGAACUUGUUAGCAAAAUUGGGAAGGCGGUGGAUGAUUCAAAACCAUACUGGGAAGCCCGGAAAAUAGCCAGGCAGGCACAGCUGGAGGCACAGAAAGCAACACAAGAUUUCCAAAGAGCUACAGAGGUGCUGCGUGCAGCCAAAGAGACAAUUGCAUUGGCAGAACAAAGGCUUCUAGAAGAUGAUAAGCAAUUUGACUCUGCUUGGCAAGAGAUGCUGAACCAUGCUACCCAGAGAGUUAUGGAGGCAGAACAUACAAAGACAAGGAGUGAACUGGUUCAUAAGGAAACGGCUGCUAAGUACAACUCUGCAAUAAACAGGAUGAAACAGCUAGAGAAGAAAUUGAAACGAACAAUCAACAAGUCUAGACCAUAUUUUGAACUCAAAGCCAAGUACUCUUUGCAGCUUGAGCAACUGAAAAAGAAUGUUGAUGAACUUCAGAACAAGCUUUCCCUAGCCAAACGAGAUUACAAGAGUGCCUUGAAGAAUUUAGAGAUGAUUUCUGAUGAGAUUCAUGAACGGCGGCGCUCUAGUAUAAUUGGUCCUCGAGGGCAAGGAGUUGGCUGUGAAGAAAACAGCAGUUCUUUAGAAGAUGUGUGCAGCUUUAAAGUGGAAUCAGAUGGUAUUUCUGUUACAUAUGAAGCAUUUGAGGAAGAGAACUGUAGCUUCAGCAUGAUGUCUGAAGAAGACUCUGAAACCCGCUCAUUAUCUAGCCUAAGCUCUUGCCCUACCAGCCCACUUGAUAUGCCGUAUCCAUUUCCUGACGUGCCACAACUAGACAGCCUGGACUUCCCAAGUCCGGUGUCCCUUUCUGACUUUGGCUUAAUCUCUCCUGUCCUGGGUCCUCGCAGUGAAUGCAGUGGAGCAUCUUCACCAGAGUGUGACCUUGAAAGAGGAGAAAGAGCAGAGGGAGCUGAAGAUGAAAACAGUGACAGAGUCAACAACAACAACAAUAAGAACAACUACACCAGCAAGCUUUCUGAAGGGCCAGAACCGAAUAGUCAGAUGCAGAAGCUUUCAUUAAAAUGUGUCAAGGAAAAGCAUGCAGCUUAUUCAGAACGAAGAAUAUUCAAGUCUGCACAGGCUAAACUCAAGCUGCAGUCAUAGGGAGUGCAUUGCUACUAGACAGUACCAAUGACAGUGUACCAAGAACAUUGUGCCAUUAGACUGUAUUUUUUUCUACACAUAGUAAAGUUUUCCAUACUCUUAUAUUUGUAGCACAGUGUGAUACCACCAACAGUUCUGUUUUUUUUUCUUGUUUUUUGAAAUACAAAUAUGUGGAACCUUUUGUAGUAUUCUGUUGGGCCGGACAAAAGUUACAUAUGCACAUCUGGAAUCUGAACUGUUUAUUCCAUCCUUUUUCUAGCUGCAGAAGUAAAGCAAUAAUUAGAGAAAAGGGCA